AUGUCCACCCCAACACAACCACCACCCCCCGCGGCACCAGAACCCGCAACAUCAACACUCAGCCCCCAACCCCCCAGCCGGCGCCGCAGCCCCUUCACGCCCGCGCCCCCCAUCGAGUCGCCUCCGCCCGUGUACACGCCCAGCCCACCGACCAUUCCGUUCGUGGUCGUGGAGGACCCGCCGCCAUACUCGCCGAAGCAGGACUGCCAUGACACGCGCGCAAAGAGAGGGGAGGGUAGGGUGUGUGGCGUGAAGACGGUGCAUCUGGUGGCGAUAUUGGCGCUGCUGGUGGCGGUGGGGGUGAUUGCGGGGGGCGUGUAUGGGUAUCAGCAUCGCGGGUCCUCGAGCAACAGCAGCACAGACACAACAGACACAUUUGUCGUGCCGGACAUGUCUGGCCCGGGCGUGUACAGCGUGGACGGGCUGGGCAACAUGGACCAGUAUGUCGGCACGGUGGGGGGGCGAUAG